CAAGCACAAAUUUCAGAAACACGGCGUGAAUCUGACGCUUGAGAAAACUCGUUUGAAAUCGGGAAUAGGAAAAGGUUUUUGAGGCGAUCAUACGAUGUCGGCGACUGGCGGCGGAGCCGGCGGAGGUGGUGGUGGUGGUGGUCAGGAGGAAGACAAGAAGCCCGUCGACCAGACUGCUCACAUUAAUCUCAAAGUCAAGGGUCAGGAUGGUAAUGAGGUGUUCUUCAGGAUCAAAAGAAGCACCCAAUUGCGCAAGCUCAUGACUGCAUACUGUGAUAGGCAAUCUGUGGAGCUCAACUCCAUUGCAUUUCUUUUUGAUGGACGCAGACUACGAGUCGAUCAGACUCCAGAUGAGCUUGAGAUGGAAGACGGUGAUGAGAUAGAUGCAAUGCUGCACCAAACUGGAGGGAGCCCAUGAAGGUGUCUUCAACCGGCUGCGGACUCUGCUAUGCCAUAAUUCGAAAAUGGAGGUGAUAGAUUAUUGCUUGCGGAAUUCCUUAUUUUGCUAUAUAUGUCCAAAGUUACUGUAAAUAAAAAUGGAUCUGAUCUGGUGCAUACUCUAAACUAGACUAUGAAGUUUUUUAUUGAUGAUCAUCACUAUUAAUGGAUUUAUUAUUAUGCGUGGUUGUUUA